CAGUGUGCUAACGACCGCCGCGGUGGCUUAUUCCGCCACUAGCGCGAGCGAAACGCGUUCUAAAACAAAUACUAGAUCAAAUUCUAAUUCAAUCGUUUAUCCUCUGCGCUUAGUGAAUUCACAUCCGGGUGCUGGCGAGAAUGGCCAGCAACUGAACUCUAAGAUCGGAGUUGCGUUGCUGAUAAUACAACACUAUGACCAAGAAAUUUGAAUUCAACUGGCAGAUACCAGUCCCCGAGCCGCUGUUGCAGGGCGCAGUCUUCGACAGAUGGACGGAAGAGAAGGACAAUACAGAGUUUGAACAAAAUUGCUUAUUCAAGGUCGACGAAUAUGGCUUCUUCAUCUACUGGAAGAGUGAUGGAAAGGACGGUGACGUGAUAGAAUUGUGUCAAGUAAGCGACGUCAGAUCCGGAGGUGUUCCCAAGGAUUCCAAGCUCAACUCGAAUCUGGUGAACAAACACGGCGACACGUUGGAAGACAAAUCGCUAACCAUAUGCAGUGGAACUGACUAUAUUAACAUCAACUACCAACACGUGGUGUGUCCUGACGCCGCCACAGCGAAGAUAUGGUUGCAAGCUUUAAGGAAGAUAACUCACAACGUGAAAGCCAACAACGUUUGUCCGAUGACAUGCCUCAAGAAACACUGGAUGCGCCUCUGUUUCCUGACCGACCCUCGGGGCAAAGUUCCCGUCAAGGUGGUGGCCAGGACCUUUGCUUCUGGCAAGACCGAGAAGCUAGUCUACCAGUGCCUGUCCGAACUGGGUCUGCCGUCAGGGAAGAAUGACGUCAUGGAAAAAGAAGCCUUCACGUUUGACAAGUUUUACGCUCUGUAUCAUAAGAUUUGCCCGAGAAACGAUAUUGAGGAAUUGUUUCGUUCUAUAACUCAGGGCAAAUCCGAUCGCAUAAAUUUGGACCAGUUCGUGAACUUCCUGAAUGAGAAGCAACGUGAUCCUCGACUCAACGAGAUCCUGUACCCGCUGUACGAUGAGAAGAGAGCAGCUGAGAUCAUCACGACUUAUGAACAGAAUGAAGAAGCCAAGAAUGCGAAAUGCUUGACAAAAGACGGUCUGAUCCGCUACUUGAUGUCGGACGAGAAUGCUCCUGUGUUCCUCGACCGUCUCGACAACUAUAUGGACAUGGACCAGCCACUCGCUCAUUACUACAUCAACUCCUCGCACAACACGUACCUAAGCGGACGACAGUUCGGAGGGAAAAGCUCCGUGGAGAUGUACCGACAGGUCUUGUUGGCUGGUUGCCGAUGCGUAGAGCUAGACUGUUGGGACGGCAAAGGCGAGGAUGAAGAGCCAAUCAUAACGCACGGCAUGGCAAUGUGCACUGACAUACUGUUCAAAGAUGUCAUAUACGCCCUGAGGGAUACCGCCUUCGUGACUUCAGACUACCCAGUCAUCCUAUCAUUUGAGAACCACUGUUGCAAGGCCCAGCAAUACAAGCUGGCCAAAUACUGUGACGAGAUCUUGGGUGAUUUGCUGCUUAAGGAACCGCUGCCUGAUCAUCCGUUGGACCCAGGAGUGCCAUUACCUCCGCCUUCAGCCCUCAAACGCAAGAUCAUGAUUAAGAACAAACGUCUAAAGCCAGAAGUUGAGAAGCAAGAAUUAGAGCUGUUCCGUCAAGGACAGUUUGUCAUCGAAGAAGAAGAGAAAGAAGAUGCUUCUGCAGUUGCCAUUCUGGAUAAGAAGCCUGAAGAGAUCGUAGCCGAAGCAGCAUCGGCUGGCGAUGACGCACCUCCUCCCGUUGCGUACACAGGCUCUACAACCAACGUCCAUCCAUGGCUCUCGUCCAUGGUCAACUACGCGCAGCCCAUCAAGUUCCAGGGCUUCGAAGAGGCAGAUAAGCGCAACAUUUACCACAACAUGUCCUCGUUCGCUGAGACGACCGGCAUGAACUACCUAAAGAGCCAAGCCAUCGACUUUGUGAAUUACAACAAGCGACAGAUGUCCCGUAUUUAUCCGAAAGGAACCCGUGCUGACUCCUCGAAUUACAUGCCUCAGGUAUUCUGGAACGCCGGAUGUCAAAUGGUGUCGCUAAACUUCCAAACGUCAGACUUGCCAAUGCAGCUGAAUCAGGGCAAGUUCGAGUACAACGGGAACUGCGGAUACUUGUUGAAGCCGGACUUCAUGCGGCGCGCGGACCGUAGCUUCGAUCCUUUCGCCGACGCGCCAGUCGAUGGCGUCAUCGCGGCUCAGUGCAGUGUCCAGGUCAUAGCUGGUCAGUUUCUGUCAGACAAGAAGAUCGGGACCUACGUUGAAGUGGAUAUGUACGGUCUACCUUCAGACACGAUCCGCAAGGAAUUCCGCACGAGAAUGGUGCCUGCGAACGGAUUGAACCCAGUUUACAACGAGGAGCCUUUCUUGUUUAGGAAGGUCGUGCUUCCUGACCUAGCCGUCCUCCGUUUCGGUGUUUACGACGAGAACGGCAAGCUCCUGGGCCAGAGGAUCCUGCCGCUGGACGGGCUCCAAGCCGGCUACAGGCACAUCUCGCUCAGGACCGAAGCAAACUUCCCUAUGUCACUGCCCAUGUUGUUCUGCAACAUCGAACUCAAGAUUUACGUCCCGGACGGUUUUGCUGAUUUCAUGGACGCUCUCUCAGACCCGCGUGCGUUCAAGAAACGUUCCGAAGACAUGCAGCAGAUGGGCAUUGAAGCUGGGGGACCUGAAAAAAGAGUACAACUCGAAGAGAAGAAAGAAGAGCCCCCCAUCGUCUUCGAACCUAUAACAGUGGAGUCCUUACGCCAAGAGAAGGGCUUCCUAAAGACCGGCAGGAAACAGCAGAAAGACCUGGACGCGAUGAGGAAGCGACAUGCCAAAGAGAAGAUGGCAUUGCAGAAGCAACAAUGCACUGCACUUGAGAAGAUGAUAAAGGGAAAGAACAAGGAGCAGCUGAGCACUGAUCCGGCCUUCCGCAAGAUGGUCAACGAGCAGUCGACGGCGUGGAGUGAACUGGUGGCCAAGCACCGAGUGGAAGAGUGGACUAACACUAGGAACCGCCUAAACGAACAACGGGAACUGCUGAAGAAAAUGAUGGAGCAGACACAACAGGCUCAAGUCAAACGUCUCGAAGCCAAGCACGAGAGAGAGCUGAAAGAGAUGAACGCUCGUCAAGCCAGAAUCAGUAUGGAGACCAGCAAAGAGGUCGCCAACGACAAAACCUUGAAGACCAAACAAGAAAAAGAUAGACGACUCAGGGAGAAAAAACAAAACAACACAAAGAAGUUUAUGGACGAAAGACUGAGUCACACUAAGAAACAAAACCGCGAGAAGGAUAACUUGAAGGCGACACACGAGAAACAGAUGGAAGAGCUGUCAAAAGAUGUUGAUAAUCUAAUCGAGAUGUACAAGAUGGAGGAGUCCGAAUUCGACAUGGCGAGUAAAACGGAAUUUUUUGCAUGAAAGUAUCCUGAAAUUGCUCCGCUGCUGGAGCAAUUGACUGUGAAAGUGGAGUGAAGUGAUCUCAUUUAAAUAAAUAAAUUUUAAACAAAUAAAUUACUAACGAUUAUUUAAUGUUACUAUUAAUGAAUGCUAAUCUCGAAUCUGUAAUCUGUAGAUGUAAAUCAACUGAGAUGAUAACAGGAUGUAAUCUCAUUUUACCUUUAAAUUUAUUCAGCUAUUGUUUUGGUCAUUGUGUCUACUAUUUUAACAACCACCAAUAAUACGCGCCAAUCUGAAUAAUGACCAGGUAAAGACUGGUUUAUAUAUUCGUCUAUUUUUGUUUAUUGCCCUUGUAGGCAGACGAGCACACGGCCCACCUGAUGGUGAGUGGUUGCCGUCGCCCAUGGACUUCAGCAAUGUCUGGGGCAGAGCCAAGCCGCUACUUACGCUGCUAUGUUCAGUGAAAACAAAUAGAUUGCGACCUUACGCUACGGCUUUGCCUCACAAAAAAAAAACAGCAUUGACUUCAUGAUCCCAUUUUUAAAUAUUUAAAAUGAAGAUAAAUUUGUUCGUUCAACCAUUGCAACAAUAAAUCGCUUACGACAAAAUUGACAAGGCAACUGACCAAUGACGAAUAUUUAAAUAGGUACCGCGCAUGAUCACGGACCGAUCCUUUGAUUCGUGCCAAAAAAGUGACACCGCGCUGAGUGAUGGCGAAUACUAAAUACAAACAUUUUUAUUGUAAACACACUCGCAUUUGUGCCUAUUCGUCUGUAAUCGGCGAGUAUCUAAAUGAGAAAUCUACAAUAAUGAACAUUAACUACAAUUUUUGUUGACUGUUGUUGUUUAAAUAAUAUGUAAAUCAAUUUUUAUUACCUAAUUUAUUUAUUAGCAAUAUUUAAAUGAAAUACUAUUUUAAACUAUAACGUUUGUUUAUAUGCUAUGCAACUUAUGUCUAUUUUCCUGCACUAGUAGUUUUUAGACGACUACCCACAAGCAAAGUGGUGUGUGAUUUUUAAGUUCUGUUGUAAGUUAAGUACCACCUGUUAUCAUUGUCUCUCUUACGUAAUUAUUAAUAUAGCAGCUGAUCGAAUUACAAUUAUAAAAUGAAUCUCAGUAGUUGAGUGUCAUAUUUUAAAAAUACUUAUGUAAUCAAUUUAUUACUUAAACCUUUAAGUGUCUUCAGACUACUCUUCAUGAAAUGGUCAAAAGUAUUUAAAAACAAAAUUGAUACAUAAGCAACAAACAUUCAGGUACAUGUUAAAUACCUAUUUAAAGUUUAUAAAUUUGUAAGCCCUUGAUUUAUUCAUAAAAUAUUUCCCUAUAAUCGAACUAUAUAAUAAUUGAUUAUGUAACUUAUUUUACUUACAAAUUCAUUAACAAAAUAAAGUUUAAUAAUAAUGUAACCAGUAACCACUUAACACCAGGUGGGCUGUGAGCUCGUCCACCCAUCUAAGCAAUAAAUAAAAAAAAUUAAAAAAAAACUGGGGACAAUUAUUUACUAUGAUGAUUGGGUGAUAGGGUGAUUUUUGUAAUGAACAUGAAACAAAACUAUUUAAUUUAAAAUUUGAUUUUUAAGGAAUAUAUGAGUAAUUAAAUGAAUAAUUGAGGCCGGUACGGGUAAAUAAUCAUAAUAUGUCAAAGAAUUAAUGUUGCAUCAUAAUUUAAGCAUUUGUAAUUAAAUAUCAAAUGUUAUAAACUUAUUUAAAUAAAUGUGUGAUGAAUGAUGUGAAUGAUAUGAUAAAUAAUUUUUUAAAAUGUUCAUCAUCAAAUGUAUUUACUAAACUCUAGCAGAAUUUAAAAACAUUUAUUUAACAAAGCACCAUUUUAUUAAGAACAUAAAAUAUUGUUGUUUUGAAUUUUAAAUUAGAUAGGUAAGUAGAUGUUUUAUUAAUACCUAGCUCUUAUUUGAUGAUUAUCUGUUGCUAAGCAUUAAAAUUAACAUAAUUAAUGUUCUCUUCUGUAUUACCACAAUUUAAUUAAUAUUUUUUCAUUUUCAACAUUGAUUUAACUGAAUAUGCACCAUUGAUAACUUUUUUAAAUGUUUAGAUUACUUACUAUUGAAAAAUAACUUUUAUGAUAGAUGUGAACGAUUUUCGUGUAAAAUUUAAAUUAUAUUUUAAUCGUAUUAUGUAUUGUAGUAAAUUUACUUAGAUGAAAUUAAAAAAAAAUAUUUUCUGAUAUUGUAGUUCUAAUAAGGACAUCUUUGUUCAAGUUUAACACGACAUGAAUGAUUGUUUAGAUAAUUUUUUUUUUAUAUUCAUAAUGAAUUAAAUGAAUUAAACUUCGUUUAGUUCCUGAGGGACUAAAGCAAAUAGAAAAAAACAUGGUAAUGUUGUUAUUGUGCUAAGAAAGACCUUUGCGAGCUGCGCAGGUAAAUAAAAUAUUUAAAUUUAUGCAAGUCAAGUUUAUAUGAAAUUAAAAUAAAUAAUUACAAAGAUCGCUUUUCUUGUACAUACAUCACUUGCACACCGGACCUCUUGGUGCCAAAUAGAUUUUCGAACACCAUUUUAUAUAAAUUCCAAUUGUAUUGUGAAAGGACAUUGUCAAAGUAGAAAUAACUUUUAUAAGUGCAGACAUUCGGGAGAAUCUCCCUAAGGAAUUGUAAGGAAUUGUGGGGUUUCCUUACAAAUCUAUAUAUUCCUUUUAAGUAUCCUGUGCAUUUCCUACCUCAAUCAUUCCUACCAUUUUGUGUCAGCUGUCAAUUUCGUAGAACGUACCUUUAUUAGCAAACCAUGUAUAGCUAGUGCGCCUAAUUCAUAUCAUAAAUUAAGAAUUUUAAACUUAUUUUUCACACGUAUUCAGUUUACAUUACAUAAGUACCUAUGUUACACCAAAGAUUUCUAAUUAUUUUGUUUUUGCAAUUUUCAUCUAUAACCAUAUUUGUUAUACCAAAAAAAUAAGAUAUGGCCUGUUGCUUAACAGUAUCUAGCUUUUGCCUUUCCUAAUUGCGGCUCCCUGGUUUCUGUCCAGAAACAUAUCCAAUAUUCUUCUAAAGUAGGUACCUACCGUAGGUACUGAAAACUAUCUUUGUUGUCAGAUCUCGCUAAUUAUAUUACAUAAACCAAGGAAAUAUAUGGAAAACGGUCUUUUAGAAAUUUGCCCAUACUCGUUAUCAUAAAGUAAAUCACGAAUUUAUUAACAAAAAAUGUGAAAUCAUGUGGUGGUAAAUAUUAUUUAAUAAUAUUAUCUUUUAUUCUAGUAUUUUAAGUCACCUCGUACCUCUAUUUGAAGCAUAAUAAUUUUAUUAAUAAGUUAAUACCUACACAAUGUAGGUAUGUACGAUAAUGACGUGAUUCAGUUCCCAAAUAUUCUCACGAACUUUUUUUUUAUAUAAAUUUUAUUGUCUUACAUAAUAUGUAAUGUUUGAUUUUUUUUUAUUAUAAAUAUUUUUAAAGAAUAUUCGGAGUUAAAAAACGCGCGUGUUUCCCUGUCAUUGUGAAAAUAUAGUUUUUAAAAUUCAUAUACCUACAUGCCCACACGUCAUACAGCGAAUAACUGUUGCCACAAAACUUAAAGAUAUAUUGUAUUUCAAUCCGUAAAAGUAGCGAUAGUAAAUAUUUAAUUCUAGUCAAUUUAGUGAAAUCAAAUUAAAUUAGUUAUGUAUUUUGAUGUACCUCCCUACCUACAGUUAUUAUAUACUAUUCGUUGCAAAUUAUUCCUCGAUAUAUAUUAAAUAACUCUGAAAAUAAUAAUUUUGAAAAAUAUGUCUCAAAUUGGAAGUAUAUAAAUUAGUUUAACUAAAAUAUAUUGCGAAAAUUACUAAAUUAUAUGUAGAUAUUUUGUUAAAUUUAAAUAAAAAUUAAUCAUGAUGAAAAGAUUUAGAUUAAGUAAAAAUUGUUGCACUUUUUUAAAGGAUAAUAAAAUUAUUCACAUAUUUUAAAUGAAAUUAUUGGAUUUUAACGAAGUAUAUAUUUAAAUCAUAGUUUUACUAUAUUUUAAACGUUAUACGAUAAUAUUACAUACAUUCGAUAACAUUUUAUUCUACAUUUGGCCUAUAAAUUAAGUAAAGUCCCAAUAUUAUAGCGGCUACCUUACUAGGUAGGUACUGACGGAAAAAUGUUUCAACGUUUUUUUUAAUUGAUUGUAUGUUAAUAAUAUGGUAUUCUAUAAAUAAUUAAUUUUAUCUUCGUAAUUUUAUUAUAGCAUAUGUAUUUUCAGUACAUUAUUUAAAUAAUUGAAUUUUCUUUUUCAAGACGUUUUUUCUCUUUAAAAUUUAGGCAGAAGUGACAUCUUAGAAGCUUUUAAUUAAGUCUAAAAUUGAUUUUUAUGUGUGUUGUUUGUGUAAUAAAUCAGAGUACCUAGGUACACAUAUAUUUGAAAAAUCCUUAACAUUUACCUAUUUUUAUAUUUUCUUCUUAAUUCGAACACAAAAGAGCUUACUAGACAUUAAGUAGGCACCUAUUAUGAAUUACAUUUCGGAAUUAAACAAUAAAAAUCGAUAUGAACAAAAAAUUACUUCUACCUAAAGUUUUAGUAGAAUCGACAAUGGCGCGAAAGGUGGCAUAUUUUUAACUCGCCUUCAACAAUUACCACUAUCGACAUAGGUACCUAUUUAAUGUAGGUUUAUGACCUAUUCCUAUUAAGGUUUUAAAACUUAGGUUAUAAUCAAAAUGAUAAAACCUAUCAUUGUUGUUCACCGACCAUUGUUAUCAUCAUUGUUAUGUACAAAUAAAAUACGUAGGUACAUUGCAAUUAUUUCCUGUGUAAUUUGAACUUUUUUUUUAACAACGAAAAAUCCGGUAACAAGCGUUUAUAUAAAGUUUUGACACACGAUUCCUUUGCUUCCCUCGAAAUUUUUAGUAAUAUAAGUACGAAAAAAAGUAAAGCAAAUAUUCUAAAAUUGAUUGUAUGAAAAGUUAAUUUAGUUGUUGCGGUUUAUUAAAUUAGAAAAAAAUAUAUACAGUACUAAAUGUACUUAUCCGAACUAUAACUUACAUACUUAUUCUUUAUUAGAUUAUGUAGUAGAAAUAUUUUAUCUAAUAAUACGUUUGUUUCAAGUACAAUAAAAUUACAUUAAAUAUUAA